AUGACUGUUGCAAUCUGCGUAUAUCGCCAGCUCGAUUCGCGAGAAAAGGGUGAAAAGUUUAGAGGCCUCCUACGUGAUGUCGCCAAGGCCACGCUGUCGGACGAACCUGACAAUAAAGCGUAUUGUUGGUUUCGCAAAAGUCAAUCCAAUACCCUCCCAGGGGAGUGGAUCUGUGGAUUUGAGUUAGCUGAUGAGAAUUUGAGCUAUGAGAAUGAAGCUGCACUCGUUGAAACUCACCGCAGCGGUGCAGAAUAUCAGAGGAUGCGCAAAGUGGUUGCGGAAGAGGAGCUGCUGGGCAAGACAUAUCCUCAGAUAAUCCUUCUCAAACCAGCAGCCCCGUCCGGUUUUAUCAACAGGGGGUCGACAGCAACAGUCCUGGACGAAAGCGACCAGUCGUUGGUCCUGAUAUCGCAAUACAAAUAUAGAGCCGAGUCAAUGCAAAACUUUCUCGCAGAGAUCGAACAUAUGACCCAGGCUUGCCAUAUAGAGCCGAAAGUUCUGGCUUAUUACCCCAUGCUCAGGAAGGACGGCGAGAGUUCGGUCCUGACGAUCUUUGAACGGUAUGCCUCAGAGAACGCCCACAGAAGGAUCAAAGAGGCAUUGGAUCCUCUUAUCGCAAGACUCGCUGCUUUGAGCGAUGAGAUUGUUGUCACGACGUGGGGACAUGGCUUCGGACACUUGAAGAGCAUUAGCAGCAACUUUGAGCUCUAG